GAUGUGAUGUGUUUUACUUUAUUGAAGUAGGGAGCAGCUUGRUAAUCCGCCGGAGAAUCUAAACAACCAACACUUUAAUGAUGUAGUUUACAAAGAGUUUCUACGGGAUAUUCUCGUUUAUGCUUUUGUUGACUGUAAAGGUUAGACUUCUACAAUGUCUUYCGUGCAGUCACUGUAAUUAUAGCUCUCUCUGGACAGUGUCCUGCAGAAGAGCCACUUUGCUCUGCCCCCAGGCCUCAGCAGCUAGUGGAUCACUCCACAGAGCAAUGCCUCCCUUGUGUCACUGGCAUGGAGAGAUGCAGGUUCACUUGCCCUGCGUAGGGGCUUAUCUAGGGCUAAGCUAGGGGGACGGACAAAUAGCAAAGCCAGCCUCAAUCCAGCCAGCCGGUCUAAGGGCACAGGGAGCCAUCUGUCCCUUCUCUGAGCAAUAACUGACAACAAAGGGGGUCAAACUUUUAACGAGGACUGUAAAACUAGAGGACUAUUCAUUCUGGAGUGACAAAGAAGAGAGGAAGAGGAACAAAUAUUUAUACUAAAACAGCAGGUGUGGCAUGCCGGGCAAAGCGUUGUCUUCAUCUAUUGGUGUAGAGUGUUGUAUGAAGCUGAGUGUCUAGACCGUUGAUAAGUGUGAAUAUGUCUGAGAAGGAAGGUGGGGCCUCAGAGGGGGGGCUGAAUGUUACCCUCACUUUACGGCUUCUGAUGCAUGGGAAGGAGGUAGGCAGCAUAAUUGGAAAGAAAGGGGAAACCGUCAAAAAGAUGAGAGAGGAGAGUGGAGCUCGCAUCAACAUUUCGGAGGGAUCUUCUCCAGAGAGGAUUGUUACCAUCACGGGACCAACAGAGGGAAUCUUCAAAGCUUUCUCUAUGAUCGCUGAGAAGUUUGAGGAGGACAUUACAGCUGCAAUGACAAACAGCACGGUAACAAGCCAUCCUCCAGUGACACUCCGCCUUGUGUUCCCAGGGAGUCAGUGUGGCUCCUUGAUAGGCAAAGGAGGCUCCAAGAUCAAGGAGAUCAGAGAGACCACAGGUGCUCAGGUGCAGGUUGCAGGGGACAUGCUGCCYGAAUCCACCGAGAGAGCUGUCACUAUCUCAGGCACUCCUCAGGCCAUCACGCAGUGUGUCAAACACAUCUGCUCUGUCAUUCUGGAAUCACCGCCCAAAGGACCAACUAUCCCAUAUCGCCCCAAGACCAUGCCAGGAGCCGGCCAUCCAGUAUUUCAACAACAACAACAACAACAACAUGCUUCACAAGCCUUCACAAUUCAAGGACAGUAUGCAUUUCCACAUCAAGAUUUGACCAAGCUUCACCAGUUGGCUAUGCAGCAUAUCCCCCUCCCUUCCCUUGGGCAAAGCAACCCUACCUUCCCUGGAAUGGAGGCCCCUGUCCCCACAAGUUCUCAGGAGCUGGCAAUACCCAAUGAUUUUAUUGGCAGCAUAAUUGGCAGACAAGGCAGCAAGAUCAAUGAGAUUCGCCAGGUGUCAGGAGCUCACAUCAAGAUAGCCAGUGCCACGGACGGAUCGCCCAUGCGCCAAGUCACAAUCAUAGGCUCUCCUACCAGCAUCAGUGUGGCACACUACCUCAUCAAUGUCAGCUUAGAGAUGGCUAAAUACACCAUGCAGGCUGCUUCCUCUGCGUCGUCUGUUGACCUCAGCAAUAUGAGCUUCUCUCAGUCUGCUCCCACUGUCUCCACACCCACCUCUAUGGCUGUCAUGGCCGCCGCCACCCAAGUCCCUGGCACCAUUAACAUGCACUCCCCCUCCACCUUACAGUCCAUCCCCACCCAGCACUAUGCUGUCCCCGUUUCUAGUCUGCUUGGCAUGAAAACGCUCCCUAUGCUGGCUAUGCACCCAGCAGCUGCCUCAGGGCUCCCGCAAGGUCUAUCCCCUUACACCACUAAGAUUCCUACUGCUGGCAUGAAAAAACCUGAGCGCCAGAAGUUUGCCCCAUAUUGACAUAUGGGAUAAGAAUUGAAUUCCCCUUCCCAAAACAAGUUUGGGGUCAGUACUGCAUAACACUUGUUCCCUGUUGCAAAGCUUGAUUAAGAUAUAUUGACUGUAUGCAUAGGCCUCAUGCCCGUAGGGGGGACAGGGGUGUGUUCCCCCCUCAGAUUUGUCUUGUUGAAAAAUAUUUUUGUUGUUGUUUCUCAUAAUACUACUAGCCACCUAGCAAUUUUACGAAGUUGGCUUCAGGUAGCACAGAUAGGUUCCCAAUCUUCCACCAACAUUACUAGCUACCAAGAAGCCAUUUCAGGAUAUAAAUAAAGUUAGAGUAGCUAGUUGGCAAGGUUGCCUGCUCACAUUCAUUUCAAUCUUUUAUCAAGACUUUAGCAGAGCUGCAGAAAAGCAUAUACGAGGUAUGCUGAGAUAUGCAGAAAAAUAAACAUAUUUUUGGCAUAUAAUUAAGCAUAAUGAUUAUUCUCUAGAUGGCAGGAAAAAGCUUUCAGCUGUUUGACAAACACACAUACACACACUGUAGUGUAACAGUAUUGUUUGCAACUGUAAGUAAAGCUAAAUACCUACUUGUGUAUCUGAACAUACAUAACAAUACACAGGCAUUUCUCAAGCUUACAAGUAUGUGAUGCACAGAAACAGCUGAUCCUUCCAGCAGAACAGUUUUUUCGGGUAUUAUGUACUGUAUUUUGUUUUGAAUCGCUGUAAAUAGUUGGCCAAUGAUGUUGUUAGGAAAAGGUCAGUUCCAAACAGGAAUUGACACUGUGCCAGCUGCUGACCAUUGGUAGGGUAACUGUUUGGUGACACUUUACUUGACACCCAGUGUCAUAACAUGUUAUGACACGGCCAUAACCAUGUCAUAAUAUGUCCUAACAGC